UGGGACAGACAGGAGCUAAUAUAAACGUGCUGCCCUUCACUCGGGGCUAUCAGGGGCUACGAAAACAGCGCUACCUCUCCACUGACCUCCUGAGCUUCAGAGAGAGGACGCGCGGAGCUCCGGCCCAUGCUGAGCUCUCAUGGCCGCGCUGGAGAGCUGCCGCUGCCGGGGAGCCAGCGGUCGGAACAACAACAGCAUCCUCUACAGCAUUUUAAAGAGUGACAGUCUGGCCACCGCCGAGGAGCGACAGCAUCAACACCAACCCCAACACACAUUGCAACACUUGCUCCAGAAGAGCUCCUCGACCGCCGGCCCUGCCUCUCUGCAGGAGCUCCGGCAGCAGGCGUGCUCCUGCGGAUCCACCCGGCGCAGGGGUGUCCUCCGCGCCCCGCAGGUCACCUGCAAAGCCGCCUCGGCGGUUCUGGUGAAGACGCUGCGGUUCGUGAAAAACGUCCCCUGCUUUCGUGAACUGCCGGAGGACGACCAGCUGAUGCUGAUCCGGAGCGGCUGGGCUCCUCUGCUGGUGCUAGGGCUGGCUCAGGACCGGGUGGACUUUGAGACCUCGGAGACGGUGGAGCCCAGCAUGCUGCAGCGGAUCCUCACCGGGUUGCCCGACCGGCAGAGCGAGCUGCUGGCCGGACAGAGCAGGGGGGCGGCCGGGGUCUCUGUGGUGGAUAUCGAAGCCAUCAAAGCCUUCCUGAAGAAGUGCUGGAGUGUAGACAUCAGUACCAAGGAGUACGCGUAUCUGAAAGGAGCUGUGCUGUUCAACCCAGAUGUGGAGGGUCUGCGCUGCCUGCACUACAUCCAGUCUCUGCGUCGCGAGGCGCACCAGGCUUUGAACGAGCACGUGAGGCUGAUCCACCGCGAGGACACGACGCGGUUUGCCAAACUGCUCAUAGCUCUGUCCAUGCUGAGGGCCAUCAGCCCGGCGGUGGUGGCGCAACUCUUCUUCAGACCCGUCAUUGGCACCGUCAGCAUCGAGGAGGUGCUGAUGGAGAUGUUCUACGGGAAGUAGGUGGAGUGAGUUCAUCAGAGUCUGCUGUCAGAUGGACUGAAUGUCUCCAAAGCUCUUUCUAUAGGAGCUGAAGGAAGCUGAUGAAAAGGAUAAGAGAAUUUACUGAACUAUGUAUGUAGGAGAUCUUCAAGGACUGUGAAAUGGCCAACGGGCAAGAGAGAGAGAGUGAGAGUGAGAGUGAGAGUGUGUGUGUGUGCGCGCGUGAAUGAGAGAAAGAAAGAGUGUGUUAAAAAAUAUGUGGUAAAGAGGAAAAAUACUAAGCAGC